AUGGAGAUCCUGCCUGAUGGGGGUGUCGAAAGGCCCUUUCACACCGAGACGCCGUUGUUGGAAAGUGUGGCUCUUUCCCAAGCCGCUGGAACCAAAGUCUACAUGAAGCUAGAGAAUGUCCAGCCAAGCAGUUCCUUUAAAAUCCGAGGUAUUGGCUACUUUUGCCAACAGAUGUCUAAGGAGGGCUGUCAACACCUGGUCUGCUCCUCAGGUGGAAAUGCUGGUCUGGCUGCAGCCUACGCAGCCAGGGAACUGGGGGUGCCCGCCACGAUCGUCGUGCCCCGAAGUACCACGGAGUCAACGAUAAAGAGGCUCGAGCAGUACGGAGCAAAAGUGGAAAUCUUUGGGAAGGUCUGGGACGAUGCUAAUGAGCGAGCGAUGGCACUAGCUAAGACUGACGGUUGGGUCAAUAUCCAUCCUUUUGACCACCCACUAGUCUGGAAAGGACACGGCAGCAUCGUCAAGGAGCUGAAGGGCUCCCUAGGGACCCGGCCGGGAGCCAUUGUGCUGUCGGUGGGAGGUGGGGGUCUUCUGGCUGGAGUGGUCUCCGGCCUGCAGGAAGUGGGCUGGUCGGACGUCCCCAUCGUUGCUGUGGAGACCAGAGGAGCUGAGAGUUUUAAUGCAGCCAUCCAGGCUGGGCAGCUGGUCACUUUGCCCGACAUCACCAGUGUGGCCAAGUGCCUUGGGGCUAAGACGGUGGCUCAGAGGGCCCUAGACUGUACCAAGGAAUGCCCAAUCAUCUCUCACGUUUUGGAGGACGUGGAAGCUGUGGAAGCUGUGGAGCAAUUUCUGGAUGAUGAACGGAUAUUGGUGGACCCGGCUUGUGGUGCCUCACUGGCCCUCCUAUAUUCAGGCUACCUACAGCAGCUGCAGAAAGAGGGAAGGCUAAGCCAGGCCUUGGAGUCCAUAGUCCUCAUCGUCUGUGGGGGGAGCGGCAUCAGCCUGCGGGGUCUCCAGGCUAUGAAGAAGCACCUGGGCAUGAAAUGA